AUGGCGGAGCUCCCGCGCUGGCAGCCCUCCGUGGUUCGCCUGCGGAUCGAGGGCAUGGCCUGUGCCGGGUGCAGCUCCAGCAUAGAGUCCUGCCUGGCCGGGAUCGCCGGCGUCCGCCGCACGGCUGUCUCCCUCACCCUGUCUGAGGCGCGGGUGGAGUACGAUCCCGCCCUCACCAACCCCACGGCCCUCGCGGCCGCCAUCGCCGACUGCGGCUUCCUGUGCAGCGUGGAGGAGGACAGCACCGCCUCCAUCCCGGGGGCAUCCAGCGUCAGCCUGACCGUGACGGGUAUGACGUGCGCCGGGUGCGAGGCGGCGGUGCGCGCCGCCCUGGCGGCCAUCCCCGGCGUCCGCGAGGCGAACGUCUCGGCCACGCUGCACCAGGCGCGCGUGACCUACGACGCCGCCCUCACCGGCCCCCGCGCCCUCAUCUGCGCACUCCGCUUCUGGAAGCACAAGUUCCUGGCCAGCCUGAUCUUUGCCCUCCCACUCUUCCUCUUCGACAUGGUCCUCAUGUACAUCCCGGGGCCCAAGCAGGUGCUGGAGUCCAGCGUCAACGGCUUCUCCCUUGGCAGCAUCAUCUCCUUUGCUCUCGCCUUCCCCGUCCAGUUCGUCGUGGGCUGGACGUUCCACAUCCGCGCGCUGCGCGCGCUGCGCCGCGGCCGCGCCAACAUGGACGUCCUCGUCUCGGUGGGCACCAACGCCGCCUUUGCCUACAGCAUGCUGUCGGUCGCCUACCAGAAGGCCCACCCAGAGUACAUGGGGCAUGGCACCUUUUUCGAGACCUCCGCCCUGCUCAUCACCUUUGUGUGCCUGGGCAAGUAUCUGGAGUCUGCGGCCAAGGGCAAGACCUCCCAGGCGCUCUCCGCGCUGCUGGAGCUGGCCCCCCCCACCGCGAUCCUUUGCGAAACCGACCCUGGAACCGACGCCGUGUCGAGCGAGCGCGAGGUGGACGCCGGCCUGCUGCAGCCCGGCGACCUGUUCAAGGUGCUGCCCGGCGCGCGCAUCCCCGCCGACGGCGUGGUGGCGCGCGGCGCGGCCUACGCCGACGAGAGCCUGGUCACGGGCGAGCCGGUGCCCGUGCCCAAGCGCUCGGGGGCUGAAGUCAUCACGGGGACCACCGCCAGCGGGGGGGUGCUGUGGGUGCGCGCGACACGCGUCGGCGCCGACUCCGCUCUGUCUCAGAUCGUGCGCCUGGUGGAGGAGGCGCAGCUGUCCAAGGCCCCCGCCCAGGCGCUGGCCGACCGCAUCUCCGCCUACUUUGUCCCCGGCGUCAUCCUGGCCGCCCUGGUCACCUGGGCCGCCUGGUACGGCGCGGGCGUGGCCGGCGCCUACCCCGCUGACUGGCUGCCGGCGGGCACCACCCCCCUCCUCUUCUCCCUCCUCUUCGGCAUUGCCGUCCUGGUCAUCGCCUGCCCCUGCGCGCUGGGCCUGGCCACGCCCACCGCAGUGAUGGUUGGCACGGGCGUGGCGGCGCGCCUGGGCAUCCUCAUCAAGUCCGCCGAGGUGCUUGGCAAGGCGGUGCACCUGAGCGACGUCGUGUUCGACAAGACAGGGACGCUGACGCAGGGGAAGCCCUGCGUGGUGGAUGCGCGCUUCGAGGACGCCUGCGGCUGGCCGGAGGAGAGCGUGCUCUUCCUGAUUGCCUGCGCGGAGAGCGGGUCGGAGCACCCCCUGGGCAGGGCGCUGCUGAAGCACGCGGCGUUGAGGCUCGACCUGCGGCUGGAGGCGAGCCUCGAAGGACCCGAGGCGCCGGCAUCGCACGACGGCACGAUCCCCCAACCCUCCUCGGCCACCCCAGCCCACACGCCCAUCCCCUGGCUGACCGGGAUCUGGGACGCCACGCCCCUGCCCGGCCGCGGCUUCACCUGCUGGGUGAAGUGCCCAGCGAGGCGCCUGCCAGCCGCCGCCGCCGCCGCCGCCGGGACGGCGCCGCGCGAGGUGCGCGUCGUGCUGGGCAACCGCGCGCUGAUGGUGGAGGAGGGCGUGGCGGUGCCCGCGGAGGUCCUGGACUGGGCCCGAGCACGCGAGGCAGGCGGCGCGACCUGCGUGCUGGCGGCGCUGGCCGGCGUGCAUGCCGCUGCCUUCGCACUCGCCGACCCGCUGAAGCCCGAGGCGCGGGCCGUGGUGGCUGCGCUGCGCGCCGCCGGGCUGCGCUGCCACGUGGUCACCGGCGACAGCUGGGCCACCGCGCGCGCCACCGCGCGCGCGAUCGGCAUCGACGCCGUCCAGGCGCAGGCCACGCCGGUGGGCAAAGUGGCGGCCCUGCGCGCGCUGCAGGCCGCCGCGCGCCCCGGCCGCGGCGUGGCCAUGAUCGGCGACGGCGUGAACGACGCCGCCGCGCUGGCCGCCGCCGACGUGGGCGUGGCGGUCGGGUCGGGCGCGGCGGUGGCCAUCGACGCCGCCGACGUCGUGCUUAUGCGCGACGACCUGGCCGACGUGCUGGCCGCGCUGCACCUGGCGCGCGCGACGCACGCCCGCAUCCGGCUCAACUACCUCUGGGCGUUGGGCUACAACGCGCUGGCCGUGCCUGUGGCUGCCGGCGCGCUGUACCCGCCCCUCCGCUUCCAGCUUCCCGCCUGGGUGGCCGGGCUGGCCAUGGCCCUCUCCUCCGUCUCCGUCGUCUGCUCCUCCCUGCUCCUGCGCCGCUGCCGCCCGCCGGUCGUGCAGGGGACCGAGGAGCUGAAGACCGGGAGCACGCUGAGCAGGACCUCCAGGGCGCUGCCGGGGGAGUGGGGAUCACUGGUCAGCGCGGGGGCGGGGGAGGUGGGCGUGUCCCGCAGGCUGUCCGACUCGGUGCUGGAAGCCGGCAGCGUCUGA